AUGUACAAUCUCUUUUCCCUUUUUGCGCUUUGCCUUGCUGUGGCAGCCACUGUGCAUGCUAGCAGCCAAUGCGACAGUGGAUUAAGCAAAAGAGCACCUGAAAGCCCUAGAGUCGAGCAUGAAGGCGCCUUUCCUGUUGCGGUCAAAACGCUGAACCUGGCUGCCUUCUUUGACUGCGUCAAUGCGGCUGGCUAUACGGCGGAUCGGGUCAAGUACAUCGUCCAGGCUCAAGCGCUGUUCGUCCUGGUGGACCUGGACGAUAUGCACGAGAAAGCAAGAAAGUCGUUCCAAGAUUGCAAUCACGUGCUCUCUGAUGAGACCAAUGUCUUGGACUACAUCACUUUCCAUGGAGACGUCAGCAUGGGCGGACGUACAAUUGCCUCGGCCUCGGAGGAUGAGACUAUCGUCAAGUCCAACAUAGCUGAGGAUCAGACCGACGAUGCACUUACAGCUACGGUCGACCAGGUGCAAAGCCUUGAGCCGCUUGUUGCAAGGUACAGCCGCGACCUGAGGAAGCGAGUUGCCAACGACAUUGAGAUAUCCUUCUAUGGACGCGGUUCUCAAAACUCUUGUUUUGGACCUGCCAAUGCAUGUAUCAAUCAGUGCGGGGGCUCGGGGAGCGUGAAGACCAAGGCUUUGAUCACCAACUUGCACUGGACUCGCUCCUGGUCGCACCACUUCUGCGUAGACAAAGGACGAGACGAUUUUGGCACCGCGGUAGCAGUCAGCCGACGCAAUAGGUGGUACUACAUGUAUGCGCCAACCGGCAAGUUCUUCUAUUCCGGUGGAAUGAGCAGGGACUACAUGGGAGUAGGCUGGGGUGACGGUAGAGCGGGACUCGCCUGCGGAUUUUGGCGCUGA